AUGCUCGGCACACUCGCGCAUGGUCUCCAAACCCCAGAUCACCGCCGCAGCUGGAUCAUGCUCGUCCCCAACCACCGGCUCUGCCCGCAGGUCGACAUGCUCGACGGCCCGAUGCGCGACUGCCACGAUCUACUGCGUUGGGUGUACGACGGGUAUUUGGAUGGGUUCCUUGCGCGUCCAGUCGCCGGCACAGGCUACAGCACAGACAUGGACAAGGUGAUGGCAUCCGGGACCUCAUCGAGCGGGACGCUGGCGCUGGCGCUGGCGCUAGCGCUUGAAUUGCCGUGGAAGGCUGGGGGGGGGGGUAAUUUAGGGCUUCGACGUCCCGCGGUGCACUUCACGCACGCCUCCUGGCGCUCGCCGCUGCCGUGCAUCCGCGUGAAACUACCACAGCCGGCCAUCGAGCCCUGCUCCCUCGCGCAGGUGUACGCGGAACAGCCCGUGGCGACGAGCAGCGGGGUCUUGCUGGAGGGGCAGGCGGGCGCGGGACGCGUUUGCGUUUACGCAAAUUGGGGCGGGGAGGGGGGGGGGGGUCUGCGGGCUGUGGAUCCGGUGAUGAAUGUCGAUAGUAAGUUUCCGCCGACGUGGAUUGUGCAUGGAGUUGAGGAUCGGAUGGUGCCGAUUGAGAUGAGUCGGGUUUUGCUAGGGAGGUUGCGUGAGGGUGGGGUGGAGUGUGGGAUGACCGACGUUGAAGGGGAGGAUCAUACGUUUGCGGCGACGAUGGAGGUUGGGUCGAGGACGUGGGAGGCACAGAAGGAGGGGUUUGAUUUCUUGGAGAGGAUGAUUGCUCGUGAGAUGUAG